GAAGAUGGCCCGUGAGCCCUGACAUCAGCGCGCAUGCGCAUAACCGCUUCGCCUCCUGGAAGAUGGCCGCCUCCUGCUGCAGACCUGUGAGCCAUGUCAUCUUCGACAUGGACGGAUUACUGCUCGACACGGAGCGGCUCUACACAGUGUCCUUCCAGGAGAUCUGUGACCGCUUUGGAAAGCAGUACACCUGGGAGGUGAAAUCUUUGGUGAUGGGGAAGAAGGCUCUGGACGCCGCCCAGAUCAUCAGGGACUCCUUGGAGCUUCCUCUGACGGCCCAGGAACUUCUAGAGGAGAGCAGGAAGAUCCAGGAGAGGAUCUUUCCUACAGCCAAGCUCCUGCCAGGUGUGGAGAGGCUUGUGGAUCAUCUAAAGAAGCACAGCAUCCCCAUCGCCGUGGCAACCAGCUCAGACGCUGUGACCUUCCAGUUGAAGACCUCGGCGCACGCGGACUUCUUCGCUCAGUUCGACCACGUGGUUCUGGGCGACGACCCGGACGUGAAGCAGGGGAAACCGGAACCGGACUCUUUCCUGGUGUGUGCCGCCAGAUUCAGCCCCCCAGCCCCCCCCCACAAGUGCCUGGUGUUUGAAGACGCCCCCAACGGCGUGAAGGCGGCGGUGGCUGCAGGGAUGCAGGUGGUGAUGAUUCCUGACGCCAACCUGGACCCCGGCCUGACCCUGGGGGCCACGCUGCGCCUGAGGAGCAUGGAGGAGUUUGAGCCGCAGCUCUUUGGCCUUCCUGGGUACGACUGAGUAAACAUCAUGGUUUCUACUGGUUCUCCUCUGGAAGGAGGAGGAGCUUCCUGCCAGCGGCGACCAUACCAUGAGGGCGUGGCUAAGGUACAUGGAGGAGGAGCUUCCUGCCAGCGUACCAUGAGGGCGUGGCUGAGGAACAUGGAGGAGGAGCUUCCUGCCAGCGGCGACCAUACCAUGAGGGCGUGGCUGAGGAACAUGGAGGAGGAGCUUCCUGCCAGCGGCGGCCGUCCCAUGAGGGCGUGGCUAAGGUACAUGGAGGAGGAGCCUCCUGCCAGCGUACCAUGAGGGCGUGGCUGAGGAACAUGGAGGAGGAGCUUCCUGCCAGCGGCGGCCGUACCAUGAGGGCUUGGCUAAGGUACAUGGAGGAGGAGCUUCCUGCCAGCGUACCAUGAGGGCGUGGCUAAGGAACAUGGAGGUCUUUGGAUGAAGCUCUGCCUCUCCAGAUGGAAACCAGUCUUGUUUGUCUCUAAUAAAGCUGUUCUUUAAAGUUUA